UUUAUCUGUUAUUUUUCCCGCGCUUUGAAAUGAGUCAAUUCGUAUUGUCAAAAAGAAUCCGUUGUAGUUCGUUUUUGGUUCUUACUGGUUAUUAAUAUUCUCCCAAACUGUCCGUUUGGUGUACUGUUGUACCUAUAAGAAUUAUAGUUUUCUGAAUUACAUUUAAAGACCUCACAUUGUCAAUAUGAGUGGACGUGCAGACAAAACCAAUGUGAAGAGGAGCAGAUCCACCAAAGCAGGUCUCCAAUUCCCUGUUGGAAGGAUUCACCGGCUUCUCCGUAAAGGACACUACGCCGACAGAAUUGGUAACGGAGCCUCCGUCUAUGCAGCUGCUGUGAUGGAAUACCUUGCUGCAGAAGUGCUGGAGUUGGCAGGGAAUGCUGCCCGUGAUAAUAAGAAGAGUAGGAUCAUGCCCAGACAUUUGCAGCUAGCUGUGAGGAAUGAUGAGGAAUUAAAUAAGUUGCUAUCAGGAGUCACCAUUGCCGAAGGUGGAGUGCUGCCAAACAUCAAUGCAAUUCUGUUGCCAAAGAAAACUGGUACUGGUCAAUCUUCCGAACCAAAAAGUCAAUCCCAAAGCUGUUAGAUAUUAUUUUAUGUUUGACAUUGCAUUCUCUACUGAUAUUUAUAAAAAAAAAACAAUGUUUUAUGUGAAUACUUCAAUACUUCUUUUGUGUUUUAUUUUUAUUUAAUAAUCUUAUUAUUUUUGUUCAUUAUUGUUAAAAACCUUUCAAAAUUUUGUGUGAAAUAUUUUUGUUAUCUAAAUAGUGUGUUAUAAUGAAGAACAUAUUUAUGUUAGGAAGAAUUUAUAAUAAAGUGCUUAUUUUCUGAA